CAUUUAUCAUUAUUUAGAUAAAUGCCUUUAAUCUAUGGGCAGGCGCGACAACUCCUGCAACCUUGUUCCUGAAUUCCAAACGUUUUAGCGACCGAGCAUAAUUAUUACGUGUCAAGCCUAGUGACCCGGAUCAUUCAUCACAUUAUUCGGCCAUCUUUAACCGUUGUCCAUUACAAGCGCAAUCGACUACCAUCAGACAAAAUGCCUCCAACAAAGAGACGUGCGACUACGUCAACCAGAAUGACAAAGCAGUCAAAAGUCAGAAAAAUGCCUGAUUCGUCGUCUCGGCCCAGUACAAGAGCUACGAGACCGGUAAAGAAAAAACAGCCCCCCAGGCCCAUUUCUGCAGCUUGUGCAACCACGCCACCGCAGCCCCUUGACGAGAGGGAAGGCUCUGUUAUCACCCUACAGCCGGGAGCGAGUGUGGGGGGUGCAUCAGUCAUUGGUUGGACAACCCCGAUUCGCAUUAGGAUUCACGGGGCCUGGUAUAAUGACAUUUCUAGUGUGACUGGGAUAGUGGCAGACAGGGACUCUUUGCUGUGCUAGUGCUUUUUCCAGACCCAAAGGCUAGUGUUUCAGGUCUGGAAACAUGUGGUACGUACUGUGUUGCGUGUGUCUCUGAACUCCAAGACUGGGAGGUGUCCUGUGCCGUAUCGCGGGCGUGUUCCUGAUUGUGGUCGUGCGAGUCGAGAGUUGCGUCAUCAGACUCUUUUAUGAAGGCUGGGGACACUGUGUAUAUAUAUGUGCGAACAUUCGCUUGUGAACUGUGUUAACAUUUUAAUUUUUACUACUAAGAAUAGUAUUGUCUUGUGCACCAGGAGAGGAGUGUUGGUUGUGUAUGAAACUACCGCACUGGGGGACUUGAGCUUUUGUCAUUUGUGUUUUAUGCUACGAAUUAGUGGACUCAUAUUGUCCUCGGUCACUUUUGAUGAUUCACCAUUGUAUAUAUUUGCUUUAAUUUUGUUUUGGGAUUUGGGUAAAUUUCGUAGGUACAAUCCGGGUAAGGGGGGGGGGGGGCGGAAUUCGGGGAUUACCACAAAUGAAAAUUUCUCUCAUGUCUGGCUCAAAACUCUGGAGAAUCUAUUCUCAGUACUGAGGAGGAUUUGGGGCCACCUCAGUGGUACCUGUGGGGCCGGCUUGACCCUUGCUAUACCAAGGGCAAGUCUUUGGGGUUUACCCCUGGGGGUCUUAACAAUGACCAAGGUGUGUACCAGGGGAGACAGGAUAGAGUUAAGGCCUGAGUCAGAACUGAAAUUAUCAUCGUACGUGGCAUUCACUCUUGCAAGGUGGUACCAAGAGGUCUGUUCCCACCACAGUUACCUGUGGGGGCGCUUUGCGCCAGUGUUAAAGGGAGGUAAUCCCUGGGUGCUUAGUGAUUCCCCGAGUUGACCGCAGGGUUAGUAUUUUCAUGUUAAAUGGAUUGUGCCAACACCUGCCACUAAAUUGUAUAUUGUCUUAUAAAUCUGCUAAAAUGUUGACUGCAUUAUGUAUAAUAAAUCUGGGUUUAAUUCAA